ACCUGAAACACACGAACACUCACACACACACUGUCUGUAUAGUGGCCAAUCUAAGUGCUGUAUUUCAAGAUGACAGACAGCGAUCCACUCAGUGAGAGAAUGAUAGAUGAGAGCAGGACUGAGCAAUUUCUCCUGACAAAACCUGUGUAUGUGUGUGCGUGAGUGAGUAAGUGUGUGUGUGUCAGUGGGUGUGUGAGCGCUUCCUUUAAUCUCUUCUGUCUUUGUGUCUCUGUUCAGUUGAACCUCUUCUCUUCACGUGACUGUAUUGAUCACGUCACCAAUACGGUCACGUGAUUGUAUCGAUCACAUUUAAUGAAUAUCGUUCAUCUAAUACAAAAACUUGAUCUGGUCCACUCAAUGGAAACUAAAUCAACAAACUACAUUGUCAAUUUUAAAUCAUACUUAUUGUGAAUAGUACAUUAGUAUGAAUACUAUGUUAGUAUGAAUAAAACAUUAGUAUGAAUACUAUGUUAGUAUGAAGACUAUGUUAGUAUGAAUACUAUCUUAGCAUGGAUAGUAUAUUAGUAUUUUAAUAUGUUUAGUAUAUUAGUAUGUUUGUAUAUUAGUAUGUUAGUAUGUUAGGGUGCAGUUUUGAAACAGGAAGUCGGCCAUAUGGAGUUUGUGUCAUUCUGUUCAUGUGAAAUGUCAUCAGUAGACGUGGACUUUAAGUUUCACUGAAGUUCAGCAUGAACAAACUGAAGAGGUCUCACUCUGUAGAGACCCUGAUGGAGGUUCUUAGAGACCACAAGAGUCCCUGACCCUGUGUUUAUGUCUCUUAGACCCUGAUGGAGGUUCUUAGAGACCACAGAGUCCCUGAUCCUGUGUUUGUGUCUCUUAGACCCUGAUGGAGGUUAUUGGAGACCACAGAGUCCCUGACCCUGUGUUUGUGUCUCUUAGACCCUGAUGGAGGUUCUUAGAGACCACAGAGUCCCUGAUCCUGUGUUUUUGUCUCUUAGACCCGAUGCAUGGCCCCCGACGUCUCGAGGUCGUGGACAUUCAGUCCAAACAGGUGACGCUACGAUGGGAACCGUUCGGAUACAACGUGACCCGCUGCUACAGCUACAACCUGACGGUCCAGUACCACUACAGACCUGCAGGGACCGCCAGCAGGGACCCCGUGAAGGAGGACCUGGUCUACGACACCCUGAGCUCCGUCCCCCAGCACCUCGUACGAAACCUUCCUCCGUUCACCAAUGUGAGCCUGAGACUCGUCCUCAGUAACCCGGAGGGACGGAAGGAGAGCGAGGAGCUGCUGGUGCUGACGGACGAGGACGUUCCCGGAUCCGUCCCCUUGGACUCGAUCCUCGGCAGCAGCUACGAGCAGCAGAUCAGUCUGAGCUGGAGGGAACCGGUUCAGACUUACGGACGGAUCCGCCAGUACGAGAUCUCCUAUAAAGCCUUGAGCUCCUUCGACACUGAGUUCGACUUGUCCAAUCAGAGCGGGAAAGUGUUCAAACCGGCCAAUGAGACAAGCCACGUGUUCUCCGGCCUCUACCCAGGCUCCACCUACUCCUUCACAAUAAGAGCCUCUACUGUCAAAGGCUUUGGGCCUCCAGUCAUCACCCAGUUCACCACCAAGAUCUCAGCUCCUCUGAUGCCGGCCUACGAUCAGGAGUCUCCUCUGAACCAGACCGAGUCCACCGUGACGGUUCUACUGAAACCAGCUCAGAGUAGAGGAGCUCCAGUCAGUAAGUACCAGGUGGUGGUGGAGGAGGAGCGCCCUCGCAGACAGAGGAGAGGUACUGCAGAGAUCCUGCGCUGUUAUCCGGUUCCGAUCCACUUCCAGAACGCCACGCUGCUCAACUCUCAGUAUUACUUCAGUGCAGAGCUGCUGAUGAGCGAGCUGAGAGCGCCGAUGCCCUUUUGUGUGGGUGAUAACAGAACCUACAGCGGUUACUGGAACGCUCCUCUGCUGCCUCAUAAGAGUUAUGGGAUCUACUACCAGGCCGUCAGCACCGCUAACGGGGUGAGUCCACCUGUUCACUAACCCCUGUUCACCAACACACCUGUUGACCAACACACCUGUUCACCAGCACACCUGUUCACCAGCACACCUGUUCACCA